AUUGAACAACCGCUUCCCACUUUUGAGCUCAUUCCUCGUCGAAUUCACCUUAAGCAAGCAUCGCAUCGCAUCACAGAUCAGCAAUUGCGCCAGCCCUCGUCGCAAUUGGUUCUUCUCUGUGACCUCUCCGGUUUCCUUACUUAUCUCCUCUUUAUCGCGAUCAAACCCGCCACAAUGAGCUUCGUCACCCGUAGGGCUCUCUCGACCCUCAUUCCUCCUAAGGUUGCUUCGCCGAAUGCCAUCGGUGCUGCUCCUGAUGCUCUCCGCAUGAAGCGCGUUGUCAGCUUCUACGAGAAACUCCCCCGAGGACCGGCCCCCGAGAUCCAGCCUACCGGUCUCCUCGGCAGAUACCAGGCCAAGCAUUUUGGCAAGAACCCUACCGCCAAGCCUAUCAUCCACGCCAUUGGCCUCGUUCUCGCCAUUGGCUACCCUAUGACUUACUACUUCCACUUGCGCCACCACAAGAACAACCCUCACUAAGCAGAUUCACCACUAAGGUACCACUAGGUGGAAGACUGGGCAAGGUCGAGCAGGUGAUCAAGCUGUAUAAAGAUAGAUGGCAUCAAGCAUUGAGCAUGGAUAGCCUCUCUGUACCAGAACAGAACCGAGCUUAGUCUCAAAGAAUUCUACAGUUUUCAUUUGAUAUAUUUAUUGGUGUAUAACUGUAGUACAUAGGACGUGUGAUGUGUAGGUACUACGAUAAGCAACGUUGGUAUCUAGUCCCAAAUCGUGUCAUACGAUAUUCUUAUACUUAUGUAGGAUACGGGAAGUACUGAGGCAAAUGCAUUCACUUGCAAAUGAUCGGUAUUUUGGUAGCAUGGUUUAUAAUGACUCAUACCUACUGAUUCUACGAAUGAACAACAUAAAUAA